AUUCAUUUUUCAUUCAUUUAACAGAUGGUUCGUGGUGAGAGUGAAAUAUUUUUGAAGCAAAGUAUUCCCAUAAUUUAUUGAGUUAACUGGGAAGUUCAAGCUUUUCUUUUUACUGUCUUGUUACCGGUUUAAAUUAUAUUUAUAUAAAAUGUCAGAGCCGCGGAAAAAUCAUCUCACUAUAGAUGGCGGCCAAGGACGGGAAGACGAACAUGUCGUUGCUUCUUACAAGCCUAUUCCAGAAUCUGAUACAGGUAAUUAAUAUGAAGCACCAUAUUUAGUAUAAUCCACGAUAUUCACAAUGAAGAGUUAAAAACUCUCUGAAAUACUUUAUAAUUUCCAUACAUGUAUUUUUUGUAAUUCUGUUAAUUCUUUGUACAUCCUUUUUGUUCUUGUUAGAUUUUACCUAUUUAUUAUGUAUGAUUACUACUAUUACGAUUUAUUGUGUGUUUAUACAUAAACGUAUCAACGUUCUAUCAAAUGCAACUUUAUCAAUGUGACCCUUGACAUUAUCAUGUAAAGUCAGCGUCGGUUGUGCUCUGUCAAAUAUUAUACAACUUUAUGAAAUGGUUUCGACUAUGUACUGUAUUUAAGUGUUCAUUUUUUAUUUGCCAAUAAAAUUCUCAACCUCAACUACACUUACUUUUAAUAUUACUUUUGAAAUGUGUAAUAAGUGCUUUCAAAAUCAGGUAAUCCAAUUUAGGUGUCGAUUUAACUAUAUAUUUUGCUGGUUUAGAGAGAGUUACUUCUGAAACUUCUUAACUCGGAUGGAUAAUAAAGCGCUUUUAUUGGACGAAUAUAGCUUUAGACAGCGCCAUUUUGUCGCUCGAUCGCUGACUGAUGCAAUCUGUGAAUUAAUUUUCAACGUUUUUGUUUUCUUUUAAAAGUUAAAAAUAUUUAGAUUACAUUUUGUUGUGUUUAUUACAUAUUUCUAUCGCAAUGUUAAUUUAAGCGUGAUUUGCUACCGGCAAAAAUUUGCGACUAAAUCAAUUUUUAAAUAUAUUAAUUAUUAUAAUUAUAACUACAUAGCGUUUACAUUUAUUCCAAACUACUAUCUUCGAAAUGGCCAAAACCAGCAAAAAGUUUCAGUAAUCUGUGCAUUACUUAACACAAAUUGAUUCAAUUGAUAUUUGAGUGAGUAAUAUAAGAUUGUCACCGGAAACAACUUAUCAAAGAAGGGUGACAGAAGAUUUUAUUUUCAGCACAUGAAAUUGAAUAUAUUGAGACUGAUGCCGAAUUCAUGCAGUUGAAUCAAACCGAAACAAUGGAUGGGGAAGCAGCCGAUGAUGCUGAUGAUCAUUGGGAUAAUAGUAGUAUUAAAAUUAUGUUGAAUUUAUAUCUACAAAACAUUGAGAAAUUCAGAAAUCCAAAAAUAAGGAAGAAGAAUUUAUGGGUUGAUAUUUCCACUGCCGUUGGAAAAGGCCCAGACUGUUGUAACAAAAAAUUUAGAAAUUUAAAACAGACAUAUAUAAGAUUACUGAAAAAGAAAAUUAGAGACUGCACAGCCACUGUUAAAUGGCCAUACUUUAACAUUUUUGAGGAGAUUUAUGUUGUUGAUGGUGAGUAUCAGCCUGAAAUACAGCAAAAAGUACAAGAAGGUUCUAAUGAAAGUAUAGCGAAAGCUUUGCUUUCAAUAAGUACACCUUCAAAGUUUGAAGAUGGUCAUGAAAAUGGGGAAACAUCAGGAGGACAGAGUGAAGAAGUAAGAAAAAGGUUAACUAGAAAACGAAAUGCUGAACUUAGAAAAGCAACAUUAGAGAUUCGAGAUAGACAGAGAGUUGUAGAAGAGAAAUUAGAUAGAUUAAUUAACAUUGUUGAAGAAUCCAAUAGUAUUCAAAGAGAACGUAAUAAACUCUUUCAAGAGUUUCUGGAGAAGUUAAAUCAACCAAGAGAUGAAUGUUGAUGUUACACUGUAAAUAGUUAGUAAUACAUUUUAACUCUGGGACCUGUGUGAUUUGUGGUCUAUUGUGUCAAAGAGAUUUGUUUGAAAUCAUGUUACUGUUAUGUGUGAUAAUUAGUUUUUUAAUAAACUUUUUAUAUGAAUAAACAUUUUAUAUUUUAAUUCGGAUUUUCCACUAAGACGCCUUAUUUUUCUUAUUUAAUAAUUUAAACUUUCAUUAUGAACAUACAGUACUUAUAUUUAAAUAGCAUUGGAAGUACAUACUACACAAUUAUUAUACCAAUUAGGUAUCUAUGGAUUUUAUAAUUAGAUUGUAUAAAUUAUUUAUAACGUGGAUAAUGUAAUAUAUUUGUAUAAUGAAAGUUUAUAACUAUCUGCAGCGCAGACUUGAUUGUAAUAAAUAACAUAAUUAAUUAAUAUGUUAUUUAUUACAAUCAAGCAACAAAGCCUAAUAGUUUAUGGGUAGGUUUUCUUUUUUAUAAUAGAAUCCCGUCUUGCCCGCAAAAUUUCUAACGAAAACUUCUGGUUCAGGAUUCUGAAUGCAGCAAGUCCAUAUAAAAUCAAGGACCUGUCACAAGCAUACAUUAGAUUUCCAUAAGGAAUUUUCUCCAAAUCAAAAUCCCGCAUGAUUGUCUGUUGUCCGGAAUCCCGUAUGGAAAUAAGGCGACCCGAACGCAAGUCUUCCAUAGAUAUUGUAUGACUCGCAACACAUUCGUAAAUUCCGUACGGAAUGCGCCCAGUGUGCGUCGCACGACCGAAGCAAGUAGGUGUGUUUAUGUAUGUUUUUACAAGUAAUCAAUCUCAUAAGUGUAUCUGUUUUCGUAACCUUUUAUUUUGUUUAAUAAUUAGUUGAAAGAGUUUAUAGACAUUCAUAUAAGUAUAAAAAAAUCAUUGGGCAGAUAGAUCUUUUUACAUAAUAUUGACUAUAUUGCAAUCUUAGGGUGUUAAGGGGAUGCACCUAGUAACAAUGACACAGCAACAAUGGAAUUGCAAUCAGAAAAUCAUUGUCAUUAUUUGCUGGCAGAAUGUCUAGACUCAAUGACUAGCAUCUCUCAACUCAGCCUUGUUAAUCCCGAAAUCCCGAAUCGGAAUUCUGUAAGUAAUGUUAGCAGAGCAUAAUAAAUAACCUUUUAAUAUAAAAAAUGAAAAUGUACGAGUGUUUGAAAUCGUUUACUUCAACCUUUUUCAAGUCCACUGUAGACCAUAGGCCUUAUCAAGGAUAUGCCAGUAGGUGUGCAUGGAUAUGAUUGUGGUGUUGCAGAGUUCUUCUGGGUCUCUAGGUGUUAGUUCAUGUUUAUCUUUAUUUAUUUAUUUAUUAUCACAGUCGGAAAAACCCCAUAUUGAAUGUGUAUCUUUUACCAAACAUAACAAAAUUCAAGACAAAUAAUUUUUUAAUAUUAUCAUUGAAGAAAUAUUUAAUACAUCAUUUUAUUAUAAUAUUUGUAUCAACCUGUGAAAGUCCAUUGUUUAGACGGCUUACCAUUUCAUAAUCACAUCAUGUUUGCUAGACGGAUUGGCGGACGGAUUUUUGACACUUGAUUAUUUAUCUCCUAGACAUUUUAGGUCAUAAGCCUUGUGAUUUUUGCAGCUACCUGGCGACAGCAACAUAUACUUAAGACACUGUCGAAUCGUCAAACGGAAUUGUUUUUUUAAAGUGCAUACUAAACCAUAAUGAAAAUUAUUUUCAUAUCCAUGAGUAGGUAUUUACUAACUGGUAAUGUGUGGCGAGUGACUGGGACGUUAACGAUUCAAUUGGUGGGUGCCUAGGGCUGCAUUUAAGAGAUUAAAUUAAAAAAAAAACUUUAUUUGAGAUCACAAACAUAAGAUCUUGCGCCGCGGAUAGCCGAUAGGUGGUAUGUACGCAUUUCAUAUACGUAUUUAAAGUAAUUAAACCGGCGUCACAGACAGUGUUUAAGCAAAGGGAUAGCGUCAACUGUACUAGGCGUCUUGGGUUCAACCGCCAAUCCAAUUAUGACAGUUUUUAUUAUUUAUCCGUUACAUUUUUGUUAGAUCCUUUAUUUCCUGAUAAAAAGCAAAAAGUUUAGUUCAGUUCAAUCAAAGUAACUCGUUUGUCCACCGAGUGUCGCACGCUGCUGGUAGUCAAAUAUGCAUGCAGCGGAGAAGGUGGCGCUAAAAUCCUUUUAAUGUCGAAAAUCCUCGCCAUAUUCGAUGAAGUGUUAUGAAGUGUAAAUGUUCUUGUUGUGAGUGUCACAACAAGAACAUUUACAAGUGGUAAAAUUAAAAUUAUUGUACAACCGACUUCAAUAUAAAUAAUUUAUUGUUGUGAUUUUAUUUUAAAAACCGCUCAACCGAUUUCUAUAACAUUUAAAUGGGACCACCUGGGAAGUAUGCCCUUU